CUCGACUUCCUGCGCCCAGGGUUAUUAAACGUAGAAGCUGUUCUCGCCCGGGAUAAGGGCAUCGCAUACGCCAGGCCCGAAAUCAUAACGGAGCUCGAUGAUCAGACUACAAGAUACGCCAUACUUUCACAUCGCUGGGGAGCCGAGGUCAGUUACGAAGAGAUGAUUGGGUUGAUGAAGAUGGAGGAACACGAGAGGGAAGAAAUCAGGCAGCGCCAGGGCUAUCGGAAGAUCAUUAAGAGUUGCGAGCAAGCCCUGAAAGAUGGCUACAAAUGGCUGUGGAACGAUACGUGUUGCAUUGACAAGAGGAGCAGCUCAGAAUUAUCGGAGGCCAUUGACUCGAUGUUUCGAUGGUACCGGAAUGCUCAGGUGUGCUAUACAUACCUCCACGACCUUGACAGGCCAACCUUGCCUCGUGGACGACAUCUUAGCAAAUUCAGCCGGUCCAAUGGUUGGCCAGAGUGGUUUAUACGGGGCUGGACACUCCAGGAACUCAUCGCACCGAAGCACCUUGAAUUCUUCGACAAGGACUGGAGGUAUAUUGGCAACAAACGACGACUUGCACCCAUGUUGGAGAGAAUUACAAGAAUUCCGCGUGAAGUUUUGAAAGACGGCAUGGCCGCAAAACGUCUUAGUGUCGGCCAAAUUAUGUCGUGGGCAGCCGACCGGAAAACGACGCGAGUAGAGGAUCGAGCGUACUCGUUGUUGGGCUUAUUUGGCGUGAAUAUGCCGAUGCUGUACGGGGAAGGGAAGAAAGCAUUCCAAAGGCUACAGCUGGAAAUCAUUCGCGUAUCGAACGAUCACAGCAUAUUCGCAUGGAAACCACACUCGGAGGCACGACCGGGCAGUGUCCUAGCAGACGAUCCGAGUGACUUUUGGAAUUGUAGUCGCGCCAGGAAGGUCGAAUCUGACGAGUUCGCCAACAAACUAGUGAAGUACGUGGGCAAUGUUCAUCUGGGCAGCCCGCGGUCCAUUUUCGGGACCAACAAAGGGGCUCAUCGGCGCAAACUUGCGGCACUGCGUGACACCGCGCUCAGCCAUCAGCAUUGCACAUUCUCUGUUAGCAACGCGGGCAUCCAGGUGUGGUUACCAAUCUUACCCUCUCGCGAGUCUCCGUGUCACUUCGAGGCUAUAUUGGCAUGCACAUACUCUGAUCAGGAUCUGGUCACCAUCGACUUGGUAUCUUCUGGGUCCAGUUUUGAAAGGUCCUUCCGCAUUACUCGUACCCGCAAGACGUAUCCAGAGUUCAAGACGCUCUAUUUCGCUCAUUACCAAGAUGUUAAUGAGAUGCACCGUGAUUUUGCACUCGAUGAUAGGAACACUUCACAUUGUGGUUUCGCCCGCUGCGGCACCUUCCCGCGCGAGUUCACGGGCGACUCUGUCACACUUACGUCCCUCACAGAUGAUCUCAUAGUCAUAGUCUAUGCCAAUGGUGAUAUCAGAUCUCGCUUUGCGGUUGGCCUCGGAUACUACCUGGGCAAAGGAUGGGUGCACGUCAUUCACGAUGAACCCACUGCAACUAAAGAGAUGAACUGGGCACCAUGGUCUGAUUUCGCCAAAGAGGCGUGUCAACGAAUGUGGAAUGUGCGUGCAGAACUUGCUCAGGCUAUGCCCACGUACUCUGGAGCAGACAACAAAGAGCACCACUGCGACACCUUCAUCAAGCGUGCCCACCUACCCCGAUCAAUCUGGGACGCAAGGGUAGUAUGGGGUAGGUGGGACACAGACAACUUCAAUGUCAUGGUUGAUGUCGAGCAAUGCCCUGGUUGUUGUAGUGGCCCGUGUGAGUGGGCGGAAACAUCUAACGAUGGAGAUGGUCUUGAUAUGCCAGGGCUGAUGCAAACAGUGUGUCACUCAUACCAAUUGGUACUGGACGGGUGGCCAGUACAGCUUGAAGAAUGCUCUAGUCCCCAGACUAUGCUGGGUGAUUAUGGCAGCUAUUCCAAUGAUGAUUUUACACGUGAUGGAAAUAUAUUUGAAGAUAUGCAGGCAAUUGGCAUUGACUCUACAGAUUUAGCUUAUCUCCCGGUGGCCCCUUGUGUGUCCAGCAUCGAGCACUGUUGGCCUAAUUUACAGGAUCGAGAUGACAUUGUCAUGGUAUAUCAUGAUGGAAAAAAACACCUGGCGCUGCAUCAACCGAAAGGCCUCUCUCUUCCCGCCAACGAUCGUUUCGUGCUGCUAUUGAAGGCUUUAUCUACUCGUCUUGCCGGAAAAUGUUUGGUGACGUCAGUCGUACAAUGCUCAGAUGUCUAUGGGGUUGAUGAUGAGGGAGAACGAAGGGAUCUGGGAGGUGACUCGGUAUCGGACAGCGUCAAUCACUCAACAGAACCAAUGACUUUCACUCCGUUAUGCACGAUCGCAAGUCCACAAGUUUGGCGAAGAGGGCCAGCUUGUCCAGAGAGGAGGGAACGGCUCAAAUGUAUUCGGGAACACUUUUUCGCCCUGGUGAAUCUGCGGACUGAAGCUCGUCACAAGCCUGUGAAUAGACAGGAGAAAGACACAGCUAUCAAGUUCUUUUCAGCCAUUUUCGGUCUCGAGUACCUGAGAAAUUAUGUGCGUAUCAUUUAACCUUUGAAUAUCUCAUCGGUUCGUGUUAUGUUCACAAACUCAAAAUGCAGGUCGGCGAGAUAACAUUCUUCAAAAGGCUCCCCUCGAUGAUGAAAACCGAGUUACGCAGUGAGGUUUCCAUAGGCAACAUGCAGGAUCAGCCUGUCACACUAACACCCCAAUCGACAUUGUCGUUCACCAGUUGGACAAUGACACGUAAUGCAUUCAAGGGC